AUGGUCUCCACCAAAAUGCACAAGGGUAAGGCCAUGGCCAUUAUAGCAUUCCUAUCCGUGGCCGCGGCCGGUGCCCCCGCCAUGGAUCCAGAAACUGUCGACCACCGCGCCGGCAUGUCAGCCGAUGUUGUUCACGACGGUGCCCACGGCGAUAUCCACGGCGGUAAUCACACUAUUUCGCACGGACCUGAGCGAUACGGUGGCGAUCUAACCUGGUUCAAGACGGGACUAGGAGCUUGCGGAUGGUACAACAACCCAGGCGAUGCGAUCUGCGCCAUCUCGCAUAUUGCCUACGACCGCAUGAACGUCGACAGCAACCCGAACCACAAUCGGCUUUGUGGACGGAAGAUCCGUCUCCAGCGCGGUAGCCGUGAAAUUGAUGUUGUUGUUGCGGAUCGUUGUGAGGGAUGUAAGGAAUUUGAUAUUGAUGUCACCACUGGUGUUUUCGGGAAGCUUGGGAAUCUUGAUGAGGGGCGUGUGCAUAUUGAUUGGUGGUGGAUUUGA